GGAAAGAUACCUCCACCAUCACCAUAAAGGAAGUAACAAGCAACUUCGGGAGCACACGAGCAUUGAGCGGAGCAGAGUAUCAAUCAGCUGAGUCCAGAUUUCAGAAUAUCCUAAAUGGAGAAUUAAAUAAAAUUAACAAAUUCGCUAGAAAAAUGAUAAAGGAAUGGUACAAUGACGCACAGAUAUGUCAAGAAAAGUUACACAAAAGAAAUUCUUUAGUGGAGUUAUCUCAAAUUUUAAAGAAACUAAACGAGUUGGGAAAUACGUUGAAGUUUCUCGAUAGUUAUAGAAUUACAAACUUUACAGGGUUUACAAAAAUUACAAAAAAAUUUGACAAACAUAAUGAUAAGGUUAUCAGUUCAUCUUUCUACAUCACUGUCGUUAUUAAAAGUUUUUUCAUGAGCUACGAUAUGAAUCUACUUGUGUGUAUUUUGUCUCUUUGCUAUAAGCAUUAUCGGGAGGUUCGAAGCGGGGUCUCCGCGAAGGUCCACUCUGGGGAAGGCCUAGGGGAAGUACACUAUGGGGAAGUAUACCCCAGGGAAGACCGCCCCAUGGAAGACCGCCUUAGGGAAGCCCCCCCCCAAAUGACAGGUUUCUCCAACUUGGAGAGGAAAAAUAAAAACGAAAACAGAUUUUCCCAAAGUGGAGAAUCACAGAGCAGUGCAGCUUCCACCUCCCCCAAGGAGAGUGUUCAUCCCCAAGUCGAUGCAGAAGAGAACCCACAAAGAGUCAUUAAGCACACCAAGUAUCUAGUAAAAGCACAAGACCUUAUCAGUGCCAAAAUAGAAAUUAGCAAAUACUAUUCCAUCCAUUACCACGAUUUGAAGGAGCAUGAAUUGAUGCCCCCUUUUGAAAGCUUCAUAGAAUUAAUUUCCACAUCUAAAAUACAAAAUUACUUAACAACGAUCUACUUGGAUGACUCUACGUUUAGUAGAUACCACAGAUGUAUUAAUCGGAGUAAUCAACCUGGGGGGAGUAGUAGUCAAAGUAUUAGGUUACGAUGUUAUAGCUACAUAGAUGCAGAGAAAGAAUCCACGAAAACUGUGAUUCAACAUUUUAAUUUAUUUGAACCCAGUUGUGAUCCCAAUGAGAAGUAUGUCUUUGCUAAGGACGUACCACAGGAGGACCUCAAAAUAGGUUGCGUUAACGAUUUGUACAAUCUGAGGAUAAGAGAUUCAUCCUCUAGUGGGUCCCAUCCAAUUCAGGGUUCAGACUCACUACAACUACAGCAUUGUGAGAAGUACAUCCGUGAGAUAGAGAAGAACAACUUAACGAGUUGUCUCAAAAGCAAAGUGAACAGAAUCCACUUUGGGGAUGAUAACCUUAGUGGCUACAUCGACGAGAAUAUCUGCUACUGGGUGCACACAGAUAAGGGGGCCAUUCAUGGGUGUGAAGAAGUCGACUCCGUGGAAGGAGACCACAGUGAGUUGGACGAACCGAGUAAAGUUAAGCAGCAUAACGGUGUCCCAAGUGGAAGUAACCUCCAUAAGGGGGAAUACAAAACGGGAAACGAAGAAGAAAUCACCGCGAAGGAAAAGAGAAAGUACGCCUACUUCGACUAUGCAGUUAUCGAUAUCAGUGUGAAGGAACUCUCCAGCAGGGACUUCUCCUUCCAACUCAACCAUCUAGGGGUAGCCAAAGAAAUUUGGGGAUACUCUUCCUACCUGCAAGGCAUCUCUAUGCUCUACCCACACCGCAUUUCCACAGCCCCCCACUGGCGUAUCUACACACACCCCAAGUGGGCAAAAUUAAACGCAGGGGAGGGUUCCAGCAGGGGGGAGAAAAGGAAGAAGAAGGAGACGAAGAAGAAAAAGAAGGAGAAGAAGGAGACGGAGACGGAGACGGAGAAGAAGGAAGGAGUAGCGGUAGGGGUAGAAGUAUUGACAAGCAAAGGUGAAGCAAAGGAAAGGCAAAAUAAAAAACCCAGAAGUGAUGACAGCGAUGGCAGCGGUGGCAGAAGGGGGACCCUGCAAAGCAACGAAAGUAACGAGUCCAGUUUGUCCGAUGAGGACAACGACACAGAUCUCAGCUCAAGUGAAAAUACAGUCGAGUACACAGAAAGGGUAGAGAAGCAUCGUAAUGGAAAAAAAGAGGAGCGCAAAAAGGGAAUCACCUACACUGGUGCAUCUGCAAGAAUUGCUCACGAGAGUGAAGUGAUUUAUCGAAACGAGAUCGAAAGGAAUAAAUCCACAUCUGCUUCUCCUCGUCACAUUAAUUUAAGCAUUGACAGCGCAGGCAGUGCAGACUGCUGCAACAACCGGGGGAGUUACAUUCGUGGACCAUACAGUGCAGACAGUAGAAACAACCCAAGGAAGACAUCUCCCCAAAAGGAGAAACCAUCCAUCAUGAGACACACUCUCGCAGGAGAAAACGAUCUGUAUGAACCUCUUCUAGACCCUGUGGAAGAGACUACUCCCUCUAAGGGUAAUAAAUCCUCAUCCUAUAGAAUCACCUCCUUUUUCAAGAAAAUAUUUUUUUGUAAAAAUAAAAUUAUUGAGAUAAAAAGACCCAAAACUGCAGUCGUGAGAGUGGAACCCAAGACCUUUUUUGCCAAUGAGAGAACCCUGUUGCAGUGGCUGAACACAAGUGUCCUCCUCUCAACGAUAUCUAUUACCCUUUUGAAUUUUUCCAAUUCGUAUGGAUUCGCCUCUGGAGUUAUCAUGGCCCCAGUAGCUAUCUUCUUUAUCCUGUACUCCUUCCAUAUUUAUUUGAAGAGGGCAGAGGCGCUCAUCAACAAGGAACCAAUUAACUAUACGGACAAGGUAGGCCCCGGGGUGCUCGUCAUCACCCUGACCUUUGCCCUGUCCACCGUCGUCCUGCUCAAUAUUUACAGCCGCUUGAAGGGAGAGGCGUGA